AUGCAGUUUCUACAGGCUCUUCUUGCCGCAUUCUUUGCUUUGGCCGUCAUGGCCCGGCCAGGCCAGCCCGACAACGGGUACGGCUCCGUCGUCGCGUCGGAUACCUGCUAUGGCAGCCCCAGCACCACCUCCUCCCCUCCCAGCGGCGAAUCCCCGCAUUAUUACUCCUCGAAGCUUCCUCCUGCCCCCAGCAGUAGCAGCGUCGGUGGCGGUUACGGUGGUGGUGAAGUUCCUCCUGCGCCUCCUACUAGCAGCAGCGUUGGCGGCGGCUACGGUUACGGUCCUCACUCCUCAAAAGUUCCCCCUGCGCCCCCAACCAGCAACACCGUCGGAGGUGGCUAUGGUGCUCCCCAGUCCUCGGAGGUUUGCACCACCUCGAGUCCCAGCGCCGGCUACGGCUACCACUCCGAGACCCCCAAGGCCCCCGUCUACCCGUCCCCCAGCAGCAGCGGACCGGCCUUCUACGGCGGCGGUGGCGGUGGCGGUGGCGGUCAGCCCUACCACUACUCGACCGAGACGAGCCACCCGCCUGAGGAGUCCAAGACGGCGCCGCCCGCGUACGCGCCGCCCGCGGCCCUCCCGACCGGCUACUCGCCCUCGGGCCUGACGCCCAGCUACGCCACGCCCCCGGCCGCCAGCAACACACCCACCCCGAGCUCCCCCGGCGGCGGUUACGGCGAACAGUCCAGCUCCAAGACCAAGUCUCCCACUUCUGGCGCGGCGGCCGCCCCAAGUCAUGCUACUGUUGCAGGAGCCGUGGCGCUGAUGUUCAGUGUUUUGGUCUUGGCUCUUUAG